GUUCAUUGGGUGUGUUGGUGCACAAAAUGUAAAAAGGCGGGCCCACCACUUCAUUAUGGAGACAUGACAACAUGACGAAUUUUAUUUAGCGUUAGUUCCUUGGAGUGAAUGCUAGUCAAUCUGUAAAACUGUGCAAUGGCUGAAUCAGAGACGGAGGAUCCAAUUUUUGUAUCGGGAAAAAACGGAAAACUAACGUUCAGUGGUAAAGGAACAGUUGAAGGUGGUCCAACUGGUGUAAAAAUUGAAGUUAGUGAAAUUGGAACGACAUUGGAAUUUAAAACCGACUUUGAAGGUCAGACACAUUAUAAAUCUGGAACACCAAUUGAAGAAUACAAAAGCAACACAUAUGAAUUCAUUCGAGGGAGAGGAAAUCCAGAGGUAAAUCUCAGGGAAGAAGGAUACAGUUACAUCACAUUUAGUCUAACUAAGAUUAAGAAGUGAAAUGCUGUGCAACAACUAAAUAAUCGUAGAAAGUUUGAAGUGAAUUCACAAACACCAUAUAUGUUUUAUAGAUUGUCACAGAGUUGUAUAAUGAAUAUAUAUUAGCGAUUAAAACGCUCCAUCUUUGCUAUUCUUUACAUUUAGAUUAAUUUAAACUGUCUGCGAUUUACUGUAAGUUACUUUUCUAAUUAAUGCUUUCAAAGGUCAAUUAAAUAAUAAUAAAAAAAAAAAGAAAUGAGCAAUAAGGUGGAAAUUGAAAAGUUACCAUAUAUAUUUUUCUUUUCUUCUAAACUACAUUAAUGAACAAGGAGUUCAAAUUUCACAUUUCACGAGUUACUAAGGCAACAAACCAAUACAAUCAUUGUAUACUUUGUAAAAUCUCUUGAUUUUUCUUGUUUAACAUCAUCCUUUAAGUAUUAAUUAGAAUGGAAAAAUGUGUUUGCACCCAAGAAACAACUAUAGAUUUAAGGAUUUUAUGUCAAUAGUUAUAUAUAAUAAAACUUUUCUUAAAAA